CCACUGAGGGGUCUCGUCAUCUUCCUCUGCCUGCUUCAUCUGUGUGUUCAAGGCAUUCAGGGUGUGAACACUGUGUGUCUUGCUAAAAUGACCCAGUAUUUGUAUGACAAUGUCCAGCCAAAGACCGGACAAGGAGCUAAUGCUCAGUAUGCAUUAUCAAUCUAUGUCCCACCAGCUCAUUGUACAGAUAAACAUGCUAAUAUCGAGAAUGAGUUUGACAAGUUUCAAGCAACACAAGUGAAAAACCUUCUCAAUAACGGUGCCAAAUGUGAAUUUUGCACAAAGCAAAAAAAUGUCAUUGCUUCACGGCCAGUUAAAAUAGAUGAGAAAACAACAGAACAUUCUGAGCAUGUUCUGCUCUAUCCUGUAGGUAACUCUCUAAUGGACAAACUUCUAGCAAAGGCAAGAGACCAAAGCUGUGUAGUGUUCUAUUCAUACAACUCACCUUGUGUGAAAACAUGCCUUCAGAGUGCAGACAAUAUUCUGGAAGGCCUUAGAAAUUGGAUAAAUAAAAGAAAAGGCCAAAUGAACGCCUUUGUCUUCCAAGAGAUCUGGCAGAAGGACAAGGACAAGGAUCUCCAAACAGAAUUUCAAAACAUUGAUGCGAUAGUGCCUCUUUAUCGGUGUAUGAGAAACAGUAAUGUGAUGGAAUGUCGGAAAUGUGUGGAGAAUAAAGUUGUGGAUCCCUUCUGUCUGCCCACAAAGAAAUAAGUACUUUUCCUUUUCCAGGAAUCGCUUACAUCAGUGAUCAAACUGUGAUGUGUUAUUAGUGAAUGAUUUUCUCUACAUAACUUUCAUUGAGCUUUUAUUCUUUUUGCCCAGCAAACACAUUAGGCUAUCUACUCAAUCUGUGCCUGAUAAACGCAUGUAAUCACGUAUUCUUUGAGGCAUUGCAUAAUGUGUAACGU